AUGGCACCAGCCAAACUGAAACGACAUUUAACGACUAAACAUCCAGAGUUGUCAGGCAAAAAUGAACAAUAUUUUAAGAGAGAAUUGGCAUUUAAUAAAAGGCAAGUUUCUAUGUUUGCCCAAAAGUUCAAGUUGAGUGACAAAGGGCAAGAAGCAAGUUAUGCUGUGGCGGAGAUAGUUGCAAGAAAAAUGAAAUCUCAUACCAUCGCUGAAACUGUAAUUUUACCUGCAUGCCAGGAAAUAGUGAGGAUAAUGUUUGGAGAGGAUGCUGUAUCAGAGCUAAAUAAAAUUCCACUUUCUAUCAACAUAAUAAGUAGGCGCAUGUCAGGAGACAUUGAGUGCAAUAUUAAGUCAAAAAUACUGAAACAUAAGUUGUUUGCACUUCAAGUUGAUGAGAGCACAUACAUCACUGGUAAAUCACAGCUCCUUGUAUUUGUACGUUUUAUUAAUGAUGAAGCUAUUGUAGAAGACGUCCUGUGUUGCAAAGAGUUGCUAGAAACAAGAAAAGGGCAAGAUGUAUUUGAUGUUUUAAAUUCAUAUUUAGAGUAUUGUGGAUUGAACUGGAAAAACUGUUGUCUUGCAUCCAAAAUUUAUUCUCAAUGUCAGCACAACACUACUAUAGCCGAUAAGAUGGAUAAGUCGGAAAUUCGUAUAGUUUUCAAAUAUGAGUUAUUUCUUGGAAAUAUAGCAUCACAGACAGCUCGGAAUAUUAAUGGAGUAUUUCAUUCUGAUGUUAUUAUUCAGCAGACAGUAUCAAAUUGGAGUGAACAGACGGUGUGCAUCAGUUUCAAACGCACUCGAUACAAGUUAAGUGUUUUGCUAUUGCUUGGUGAGGAAAGAUUGAGUGCACGGGUUUCUUCGAGGUUUCCAAAAUUGGUGGCAGAGAUGAAGGUUUCCUCAAAUCAGAAGUCUGGUUACUUGCAAUAG